AUGCAGUCCUCCUCCCCAAACAUGCUCACCAAGUUUGAGUCGAAAUCCUCCAGAGCCAAAGGAAUCGCAUUCCAUCCCAAACGGCCAUGGAUUCUCGUCUCCCUUCACUCCUCUACCAUCCAACUGUGGGACUACCGCAUGGGAACUCUUAUCGACCGAUUCGAAGAACACGAUGGCCCGGUUCGCGGCGUUGACUUUCACCCAACCCAGCCCCUGUUUGUGUCUGGAGGUGACGAUUACAAGAUCAAGGUCUGGAACUACCAGACCCGGAGGUGUUUGUUCACAUUGAAUGGCCACCUGGAUUAUGUGCGAACAGUUUUCUUCCACCCCGAGCUGCCCUGGAUUCUAUCUGCGUCCGAUGACCAGACCAUCAGAAUCUGGAACUGGCAAAAUCGGUCACUCAUCUGUACGAUGACCGGUCACAACCAUUAUGUUAUGUGCGCUCAGUUCCACCCCACCGAGGACCUCAUUGCCUCCGCCUCGUUGGAUCAGUCGGUUCGCAUUUGGGACAUCUCCGGCCUGCGGAAGAAGCACUCUGCCCCGACCUCGGUUUCGUUCGAAGAUCAAAUGGCCAGAGCCAAUCCAAACCAAGCUGAUAUGUUUGGAAACACCGAUGCAGUCGUCAAGUUUGUGCUGGAAGGUCAUGACCGUGGUGUGAACUGGGUGUCAUUCCACCCUACACUACCCUUGCUAGUGUCAGCCGGUGACGAUCGGUUGGUUAAGCUCUGGCGGAUGAGUGAUACGAAGGCUUGGGAAGUCGAUACUUGCCGCGGCCAUUUCCAAAAUGCCUCCGCCGCUCUGUUCCACCCACACCAGGACCUCAUCCUUUCCGUCGGCGAAGAUAAGACGAUUCGCGCAUGGGAUCUUAACAAGCGUACCUCCGUUCAGUCCUUUAAGCGCGAUCUUGAUCGAUUCUGGGUUAUCGCUGCUCACCCCGAGAUGAACCUGUUUGCCGCAGGCCAUGAUACUGGUGUUAUGGUCUUCAAGCUAGAGCGUGAGCGUCCUGCGUCUGCUAUAUACCAGAACCAGCUGUUCUACAUCACAAAGGAUAAGCACGUCAAGUCAUAUGACUUUGGCAAGAACGUCGAGUCACCCCCGAUGCUUUCGCUGCGCAAGCUGGGUUCCCCAUGGGUCCCUCCGCGUACCCUCUCUUACAACCCCGCCGAGCGUGCUAUUCUGGUUACCACGCCCGCUGAUAAUGGAACUUAUGAAUUGAUUCAUCUCCCUAGAGAUGGCACUGGAGCCAUUGAACCUACAGAUGUCAAGCGUGGACAGGCCACUUCAGCAGUUUUCGUCGCCCGCAACCGCUUCGCUGUCUUCAACCCCUCGAGCCAGCAGGUCGAUAUCAAGGACCUUAGCAACUCCACAACGAAGACAAUCAAGCCCCCAGCCGGCACGACCGAUAUCUACUUUGGUGGUACCGGAUGUCUGCUCUUCAUCACCCCUACACAUGUUACUCUGUUCGACAUCCAACAAAAGAAGCAGCUUGCAGAGCUUGCUGUCAGCGGAGUGAAGUAUGUGGUGUGGUCUAACGAUGGCUUGUACUGCGCUUUGCUCAGCAAACACAAUGUCACCAUCGUGACUAAGACCCUCGAGCAGGUUAGUACCUUGCACGAGACUAUUCGCAUCAAGAGUGCUACCUGGGACGACGCCGGUGUCCUACUCUACUCUACCCUCAAUCAUGUGAAGUACUCCCUUCUCAACGGUGACAACGGUAUUAUCCGCACCCUUGAUCAGACCGUAUACCUCGUGCGUGUGAAGGGACGCAGCGUCUAUGCCCUUGACCGCAACGCCCAGCCACGCAUCUUGGAGAUUGACCCGACCGAGUACCGUUUCAAGCUCGCCCUCGUCAAGCGAAAUUACGACGAAAUGCUUCAGAUUAUCAAGACCUCUAGUUUGGUUGGCCAGAGCAUCAUUUCCUAUCUGCAGAAGAAGGGUUACCCUGAGAUUGCUCUGCAAUUCGUGCAAGACCCCCAGACUCGCUUCGACCUUGCGCUUGAAUGUGGUAACCUCGAUGUUGCCAACGAAAUGGCACGGGAACUCGACCGCCCCAACUUCUGGAGCAGACUUGGAGCCGAGGCAUUGGCUCACGGUAACCACCAAACCGUCGAGAUGACUUAUCAAAAGCAGCGUAACUUCGACAAGCUCUCUUUCCUCUACCUCUGUACCGGCGACCAGGAGAAGCUCGCUCGUAUGGCUAAGAUUGCUGAACACCGUGGUGACUUCACCUCUCGCUUCCAAAACGCCAUCUACCGCGGGGACGUUGAGGACCGAAUCCAGAUGUUCAAGGAAGUGGACUUGUACCCUCUUGCCUAUCUCACUGCCAAGUCACAUGGUCUGAUUGAAGAGGCCGAGUCCAUUUUGGAGGCUGUUGGCCUCACCGAAGAUCAGAUCGUCCUGCCCGCACUCGAGCAACCUCUGAAGGUUGCUCACCCCGUUGUGCCCACUUUCAAGUCUAACUGGCCUGUUAAGGCUGCGGGCCACUCCUCCUUCGAGAAGGCCCUCCUUGGAGAGGUUGGUGCUGCCGAUGAAGAGGCUGGUGCUGAUGGAUUCGAGAUUGAGGAAGAGGAGCAAGAGGCAGCUCUUGCUCGGGAAACCAUUGAUGAUGACGAGGAAGUUUCCGGAUGGGAUAUGGGCGAUGAUGUCAAUGUUGAGGAAGAGGUCGACUUCGUCAACGUAGAAAGCGCCGAAGCUGGCGCGGGAGGUUCUGAGGCCGAUUUGUGGGCUCGUAACUCCCCUCUGGCUGCCGAUCACGUCGCCGCUGGCUCUUUCGACACUGCGAUGCAGCUGUUGAACCGCCAAGUUGGUGCCGUUCAGUUCGCUCCUCUCAAGCCUCGCUUCCUCGAAGUUUACAAGGCGACCAAGACCUAUCUCCCGGCGACUGCUGGUCUGCCGCCUUUGGUCAACUAUGUGCGCCGGACCGUCGACGAGACUGACUCCCGGAAGAUGCUUCCCAUCAUUCCCCGAGACCUAGAGACGGUUGCCAGUGCUGACCUGCAAGAGGGUUAUGCCGCUAUGCGGUCCAACAGAUUGGAGGAUGGUGUAGCAAUCUUCAAGCGCGUUCUUCACACUGUUCUCAUCAACACCGUUUCAUCGGAAGCCGAUGUGGAGGAGGCAAAGAAGGUCAUUGCCACUGCUCGGGAAUACAUUCUCGCCAUGUCCAUCGAGCUCGAGCGCCGUACUCUCUCCACCGACUCCCCUGAGGGCCUCAAGCGCAGUCUUGAGCUGUCCGCCUACUUCACAAUCCCUAAGCUCGAGGUCGCUCACCGACAACUGGCAUUGAUGGCUGCUAUGAAGUUGGCAUUUGCCAACAGGAACUACGGCUCAGCCUUGAGCUUUGCCAACCGCAUGCUGGCUAAUGGAGGCUCCGCUAAGCUUUUGGAACAGGCCAAGAAGAUCAAAGCUCAAUGCGAACGCAACCCUCAAGACCAGAUCGAUAUUGACUUCGACCCCUUCGCCGAGUUCGAUAUCUGCGCUGCCUCCUUCACUCCUAUCUACAGCGGCUCUCCCAGUGUCUCAGAUCCCUUCACCGGUGCCAAAUACCACCCUCAGUACAAGGGAAGUGUCGACCGGAUAGCGGAUGUUACGGAGAUCGGUGCCCCUGCCAGUGGUCUGCGCCUGUUCGUCCCCAGCCAAUUUUAA